AAGAAAGGCCCCAACUGGAAGCAAACAACGGCUGAAGACGGGAACAGCAACAAGUGAACCAGCGCGAGGACUGAGAGCAUCAACGAGAGAACACUCCUGACUCAGAGUUUCCAUUGAUUCAGUCAGGAGAAAGUUUGGUUAAAAAUGACAAGGAAUUUGUCUACGGGAAUGUAUAACAUAACACACACGUUUUGCUGUCUCUUUUGAUAUUUAAGAAGUGGAGCAAGGGAUUCACUCGAUUAUCCUUCCUGCUCAGACUGUGGCGAGGGAUUUACUCGGUCAUUUCAAUUGAAGGUACAUCAGCAAGUUCGCACUGGGACAAGGCCAUUCACCAGUUCUGUUUGUGAGAAAGGAUUCAGUCGUCUUCCCACCUGUGGACACACUAGUCAGAUCACACUGGGCAGAAGCUCUUCAUCUGCUGAAUUUGUGGGGAAAGAUUCAUUUUGUCAUCUAACCUAAUGGCUCACCAGCGAGUUCACACCAGAGAGCGGCCAUUCACCUGCUCAGACUGUGGGAAGAGAUUCACUUGGUCAUUCCAAAUGAAGGCACGUCAGAGAGUUCACACUGGAGAGAGACCACUCACUUGCUCAGACUGUGGGAAGGGAUUCACUCAGUCAUCCGACCUACUCACACACCAGUCAGUUCACACUGGCGAAAGGCCAUUCACCUGCUCAGACUGUGGGAAGGGAUUCACUCGGUCAUCCCAACUGAAGGUACAUCAGCGAGUUCACACCGGAGAGAGGCCAUUCACCUGCUCAGACUGUGGGAAGGGAUUCACUCGGUCAUCCCAACUGAAGGUACAUCAGCGAGUUCACACCGGGGAGAGGCCAUUCACUUGCUCAGACUGUGGGAAGGGAUUCACUCGGUCAUCCCAUCUGAAGGAACAUCAGCGAGUUCACACCGGAGAGAGGCCGUUCACCUGUUCAGACUGUGGGAAGGGAUUCACUUGCUUAUCCCAACUGAAGGUGCAUCAGCGAGUUCACACCGGGGAGAGGCCGUUCACCUGCUCAGAGUGUGGGAAGAGAUUCACUUGGUCAUCCCAAAUGAAGGUACAUCAGAGAGUUCACACUGGAGAGAGGCCGUUCAUCUGCUCGGACUGUGGGAAAGGAUUCAUUUGCUCAUCCCAUCUGAAGGUACACCAGUCAGUUCACACUGGGGAGAGGCCGUUCACCUGCUCAGACUGUGGGAAGGGAUUCACCCGGUCAUCUCAGUUACUGAGACACCAGUCAGUUCACACUGGUGACUGGCUGUUCACCUGCUCAGACUGUGGGAAGGGAUUCACUGAAUCAUCUCAACUGAAGGUACAUCAGAGAGUUCACACUGUAGAGAGGCCAUUCACCUGCUCGGACUGUGGGAAGGGAUUCACUCGGUCAUCCGACCUACUGGCACACCAACGAGUUCACACCGGGGAGCGGCCAUUCACCUGCUCAAACUGUGGGAAGGGAUUCACUCGGUCAUCCGACCUACUAGCACACCAGCGAAUUCACACCGGGGAGCGGCCAUUCACCUGCUCAGACUGUGGGAAGGGAUUCACUCGGUCAUCCGACCUACUAGCACACCAGCGAAUUCACACCGGGGAGCGGCCAUUCACCUGUUCAGACUGUGGGAAGGGAUUCACUCGGUCAUCUAAGCUGAAGGUACAUCAGCGAAUUCACACUGGGUAGAGGCUGAUCACCUGCUCAGACUUCGGGAA